AUGUCAGGCCAGGGACCCCGAUUCCAUCAGCACAGGGAUCCCACACCCCAACCUGCGAAUCCAGAGAUCCUUGGCAUUAGAUACAGCCUCAGCCACAGUGCACCUCCCCCAUAUCAUGAUCUGGAAACGCAUUUGACCCUGACUGCAGGCCCCCAAGCCUGCACACUGCACCCCAACUCAGAGUUCCCAGGCAGAGACCCCAGAUCAGAAACUUUCAGGACCUCUGAACACCCCUACUAUUUAGUGGGAUCUCAGUUGCCAGAGUCUCAGCGGUCACCUCUGAGGUCCCCUGAUCCUUCUGUGGACACAGCUGGAAUCCGGCCCCCAGCUCUUCCUUCUGCAGGACCUGCCUUGCCCUGUCCUGAUCAGUAUUCAGGCCCCAUGAAUGCCCACAGUUCCUCAGAGGACUCAAAGGAGGACUCAUCAGGAGCCAGACAGAGAUGUCCUUCCCCUUCACACAGAAGAUUUGGGUCCUUCCCAGGUCUGAGAGCCCAGUGGCCAGCUUUGCUGCAACGAACCAGCCAAGCCCCACUGGACGAAUCUGAGGAUUCUGAUGCAGAAUGGUCGCCUCGGUGGCCAGAACCCAGGAGAAAGGUUGUUGAGCAGAAGUUGUACACCCUGCGACAAGGUAAUGGCCCUGCAUAUGAAGAGGUCAGCGAGCCCCAGGACGACGACUUCCUGUAUUGUGAGAAGUGCAAGACCAACUUUAUCGACAGCUGUCCCACUCAUGGGCCCCCUACGUUCAUGAAGGACAGCGUGGUGGAUGUGGGGCUUGAGGACCAUGCAAUGCUCACUCUGCCCCCUGGGCUGAAGAUAGGACCUUCGAACAUCCCAGGGACUGGGCUCAGAGUCUGGAAUGGGAACUCCACCCUGCCUGUGGAUGUGCACUUUGGCCCCUACGAGGGUCAGAUCACAGAGGAGGAAGAGGCGGGCCACAGUGGUUAUGCCUGGAUGAUUACUGAAGGGAGACAAAGCUACAAGUACGUGGAUGGCAAGGGCACAUCCCACGCCAACUGGAUGAGGUACAUGAACUGUGCCUGCAUUGAGGAGGAGCAGAACCUUGUGGCCUUUCAGUACCACGGGCAGAUCUUCUACCGCACCUGCAAGGCCAUCACACCUGGAACAGAGUUAUUGGUCUGGUACAGGAACGAGUAUGGCCAGGAGCUGGGCCUCACAUGCAGCAGCAAUUGGAAGAAACAGCACGCGGAUGGGAGAGAACGAAAGGCAGAGAUCCACCUGUGUCCCUUGCGCUCUCUGGCCUUCUCCAUUCAGAAAUUCCUCAGUGGCUAUAUAAACCACGGUCACCUCUCUCAGAUCCUCUGGGUAACAGCUACAAGCAACACACUCCCAGGAGAAGAUGCCUGUCCAGGGGAUCUCCUCUGGGAACAGCAGCAGUCCCUUCCUCAUGGCUGGAAUGAUGGAGCUGCAGAGGGAGAGGCCCAAGGGAGACCGAGCCCUGAGCCCCAAAGGACAAGGGAGAGUGGGACUUCAAGGGAUACACCCAGCCCUCCCGAGGGACAGAUGAGGAGGUCUGGGGAGAGGGACUGUGGGCGGGGCUUUCUUUAUCAAUCACUCUUCAUCAGGCACCGGAGAACACACACAGGAGAGAAGCCCUAUGUUUGCAGGGACUGUGGGCAUGGCUUUACUUUUCAAUCAAACCUCACUGAGCGCAAGAGAACUCACACAGGUGAGAAGCCCUAUGUUUGCAGCGACUGUGGGCGGGGCUUUACUUUUCAAUCAAAUUUCAACUAGCGCAAGAGAACUCACACAGGUGAGAAGCCGUAUGUUUGCAAUGACUGUGGGUGGUGCUUUAGUUUAUGAUCACGCCUCACCAGUCACCAGAGAACACACACAGGAGAGAAGCCCUAUGUUUGCAGGGACUGUGGACGGGGCUUUAGUGCUCAAUCAAACCUCACUCAGCACAAGAGAAAACACACAGGAGAGAAACCCUAUGUUUGCAGGGAGUGUGGGUGGUGCUUUAGCCAGCGAUCAAGCCUCACCAGGUACCAGAGAACACACAGAAUUGGAGCCCAGUGCUUACAGAAAUAG